CGAAGGCGUGUGUGUAGUGUAGUAUCUUUGGCGUGCAACUGUUGUAAACGGCGGAAAAUGGCGGCUGUGAAUGUGUUGUCGGACCGUGAAUUACGGCGAAGACUUAAAGAAUACGGCGUGAAUAUUGGGCCUGUUACGGACACAACAAGAAAGCUAUAUGAAAAGAAGCUGGAGAAACUAAUCUCGGAAGAGAAAAAGCCAAGUGAGGAUCUAGGGUCGGUGAAGGCGACAAGAUCGCGAAGAAGCUUGUCGCGCGGGAGCUCAGUUGCUUCCGUAGGUGAGAAAGUUUUGGACCGGUCAAAAUCUUCUAGUGCUUCUGCUGACGAGCUUUCAGACGGUGAGUUACGCUCGAAGCUUUUGGAACAUGGCGUGGCCGUUGGUCCUGUGACGCCGACGACCAAAGGGGUGUACGUGAGAAAAUUACAGAAGCUCGUUGAUGAACCAGGGCGAGGGCAGAUAAACGGUCCUUGUACAUCCGGUAAGACCACCAAUCGCCCCAGUCUGUCGCGAUUCAGUUCCGAAGAGAGCGAUGCUGACGAACCUGCCAGUAAAGCAAUGCCUCCCCCUAGCUUCAUGUCUCGGUUCCAGACCAAGAACCAGAGCAGGGUGGUGUUGGAUGCCAGUAGGGUGUCUCCACAGCCGGAUAUGACAGACACCAGUGCAGAACCGUCAUGGAAGCGGGGGUCACUGUACCCCGACUUGAGUGGCCACAGUACUCUGACCAAAACUGGAGGGAUUCUGUCUUCGAGGACAAGUACGUUGGGCAGGACCAGUUCCCGCUUCUCCAGUGGUAUCUCGUCUCCGCGACAUGAACAUUCCAGGAGUGACGGUUUUGACACAGGAUCCGACUCAGAUGUCCCAGGACCUUCGUACAGUUCUAGCAGGAAACCUGACUAUGGAUCACAGAUUAGUCCACCACGGUCUUCAUUUUUAGACAACUUCUCAUCAUUUACUUCAAGAUUCUCAUCUACGUUUAGCAAAGGAGGUGCAGAUACUGGUUAUAGCUCUGCAAAGGAUAGACUCUCAACAGCAAGAAGGUUUGGUGUAGACGAUGCUUCAUCGAGGUCCGUUGGCUCUAGAGAUGCAGGAAAUUCAGGCUAUGCAUCGGCGUACACACAGAAGAUAUCUUCUCAAUUGAACAGCCCUCUUGCUGAGAUGCGGGUUCCAGGCGCCUCCACCGGCAGGUACUCUACGGGGAGCGGCAGCCACUACCACCACUCGACCCCCGUCAGCGUGAACGACGUGAAGGAGCGGGACGUCGGCGAGGACUCCAGGGGCGUGCUGGGGUCGCCCAACGGCCUCCACGGCACUCGCAGCUUUGCAUUCACGAGGAAGCCGCGCGAGCUGUCGAUGGAGUUCAAGACGGAGGACGUGAUGAGGACGUGGUACAACUCGCAGGCCGUGUCGAUGGUGCUGCUGUGCCUGGCGCUGCUGUUCUUCGUGGCGCUGGCAGUCGUCUACGUCAGCGUGCACUCGCGCGACGGCGACAGCUUCUUCGACCAGGAAGGUAAUAGCUAUCCUGUGUGCAAAGAUGACAACAGUGUGACACCGUGCAUCCAGAAAGAGAACCUGCGCAGUGCAGUGCAGCUAUCACGCCUGUUGUUGGAAGAGCUGUCGAGACGUGCGGUCGGCGCGCAGUGCCGGUGGAAGUCUGAGCCUCCCGUCAUGUCUCAGGAGGAAGCCGUCCUCUGGCUGGACAAGAACCAUCUCUCCGUGAGUGCUUCCACUGUCUUGGAUGGGGUUGCCAGUAUCCCAAAAAAUAUUAAGGACCCACGUGAACUGGAUACCAUGCUGAAGAACGUGAAGAUACUGUACCUGUCGAACCCCCAGUGGGGGGUGGACAUAGUUCCCGCCGGCAAGGUGGAGCACCCCGGGAUGGACCAGUUGGCGGACCAGCGGAGCCUGCUGACUCUGGGAGGCCUGGUGGUGCGUGACCCACAGCUGCCCCUCGGAUGUUACCUCUGGCAGAAGCUGUCCGUCCUAGUCUUCUACGCCGUCAUCCUUGCUGGGGGGGCGGGGGCGGUGUACGGGGGCAAGGUGGCCGGGACGUGGUACCUGGCCCGCCAGCGGGACCGCCAGAGGGCAGUGCACGACAUGGUGCAGCGCGUCCUCACGCUGCUGGAGGCCAACCACCAGCCCGGGAGCCACGGCUUCCUCGCCAUCAACCACGUGCGCGACCAGCUCAUCCACCCCUGGGACCGCGACAAGCUGGACUGGGUAUGGGAGGAGGCCGUCAAGUUCAUAGAGAACAAGGAGUCACGGGUGCGCUGCGAGGUCCAGCACGUCGCCGGGGAGGAGUUCCGAGUGUGGCGGUGGCUGCCCCCUUACGGCCGUGGCACCCCGACCUCCACUUCCAGCUCCCCGGACCACGGGCAGGCCCUGAAGCAGAACAAGGUUUGGCAAGGGCAGGCGUUCGAGACCAUGGAAGGCAGCCCCAACUCCCUGCUCUGCAGCCCCACCCCCUGCCUCAAGAUCAGGCACAUGUUCGACAUCGAGAUAGAGUUUGGCGAGGAGUGGCCAGUGCGCAUCAGGGACGCUAUCUUGGAGAAGUGUGAGGGCGUGAACAUCCUCCACAUAUCGGUGGACCGCCAGUCUCGGGAGGGCUGCGUCUACGUCAAGUGCAGGUCCCCUCAGGACGCCGGCAGGGCGUACCAACUGCUGCAUGGCUCCUGGUUUGAUGGAAAGCUGGUGACAGUGAAGUACUUGCGCGUGGAGCGCUACCACGACCGAUUCCCUGAUGCUGCCCGCGCCGUGACGCCGCUCAAGCCAUCCAACAACAAGAAGCUGUCGCUGCAGAGUCGGCAGGAGAGCUUCUAACGUCUCCGUCCAGUUAGGAAACCUUUCACGUGUCUUGUCGUGUUCCGUGCAUAUCGGCCGAGUGGCUUCCGCCGUCAUGCGGCGGACGUGCGGAUUCGCCUGGCGUUCUCGGUACCGAGUUUCGCCAAGCAUCGUGCAGUUUGACGACCGAAAACCUAGGGGACUUGUAAAAUUCUUUAUGUUGCGAACUCUUCUGCUUGCAAGUUUAGUGUGGUUACAAAAUCUCGUGUUUCGGCAGUAAAUAAAUAUUCUUUUCGAAUCAAAGCGGCAAGGACCAUGAUUUUCUUCGCCUUCUAGUAGAACUCUUAGAAAAUUUGUGGAAGGUGACAUUUAGUACAAACGUGGUACCUGUUAAAUAAAUUGGCUUGCUCUUGGUUUGCAGGUGGUAAUAGUAACAGGCAUACAGUUUUUUUUCCAGGAUGCAUUCUUGUGAUGGAACUGCCUGUUAGUUUAUUGCGCGCAUGCACUCUGCUCUCGAGUACUCUCGCGGGUGCUCGUCCAGUGAAAUGUCGAAGCCAAGGGGAUUUGACGGCUGCAUUGUUUCUGUUAGUGUAGCAGAUUGAGCGUUUAUAGUAAUGGUUGUGGUUACUUGUUUGUGUUUGGCUUUGACAUUUGAACGUGUUCAUGUUAGCGAUAGUGUCAGUCAGUACAAUUAUUUUUUUUACUAGAUUUCAUUUGACAUUUUGCAUUUGGAACUACUUUACUUUGUGGCUUCAAUUUUUUGUUUAGCUGGCGUAAUUUCCGGCAAGUUUGUUGGCUUGCGGCACGUAGAACCGUAAAUAGCAAAAGUGUACGAUUGUUGUUAUAUUUAAGUGAUGACACUUUUAUUUGAAUUUAACUUAUGCUAAAGGAGGGUGACUUUUAUAAUUUGUUACGGUAUUAAAAUUGAUAAUAAAUGACUGUGGCAAUGUUAAGAAAUGCUUUAUCAACUAUUUGGAGAUUAGUAGUGGAUAAUUCCAUACCAAAUCAACCAAUGGGUGUUGCUGACAUAUUUUAUUUUUAAUGGUACAUUUUAUAUUUCUAUAUACAUCUGGGAAUGCAAAACAAUUUUUUAAAAUUUUUUAUUGUUAGCACUUUUGCUUCUAGCAGCCAUUUUGUUUAUGCAAUUUUCACAGGUUCGCGAUAAGUUAAAUUUGUUUAUUAAGAUAACAAAUUAAAAUAAAAACCAUUUUAUUCUAAAUGAAACCAUCUACAAAUCAUAUUAUGACCAAAAAUUUGUUUAUUUUAAGGAAAUAACCUAACUAAAAUUUAACUAAAAAAUUGGGUUUUGAUUUUAAUAAAUGGAAGAACAUAGGGUAUAUUUUUCAAAGAAGGAAUCUAAACACAACUUUAGUGUUUUUCUCUUUAAAGGUAUAAUAGAGCACAAUACUUAAGACAAUUUUGAUACAUUUUAAAUGUCUCCUUUAGGUUUUACAAGCCAUCAGAUAUUGCUAUUUGUCCAAAAUGCUGAUUUUCAAAUAGGUAUAUCAUUAAAAUGACUGAACAAAGAAAUCUGAAAUUUUGACAUAAUUCCCUUCUAGUAACUUGUAAUUAACAUUUGCAAUUUCAUCGUAGUGUUUUGAUCAGAAGUAUUUUAUUUUUAAUUUUAGAAAUCCAAGAACUAUGUAAAUGAUGCACAUUGCAGCAGACGACACCUUAGAGUUAAAACACUGGAAAAACUGGGAAAAGGAGAUUAAUAAAUUAAUGUAUUGUUUAAAAAUAAUAAACUUUAAAAAGUUCAUAAAGACAAUACCUUGAUUCAUUUUUUUUUAAAGUCAAUAGUUUGAUGCUUUCGUUAAUGGAAUACACACACACACACAUUAAUACAUAUAUGUUAAAAGUCUGCUUGAUCAUUCAAUCCAUGUUAGGACACGAAAGAAACGAGUCUACAGGAAAAUGAUAUCUGGCUCAACUCUGCAAACAUGUUAAGAUGCGAAAGGUGCAAGUGUCUGCAGGCCUACUGCAGUAUACUGCUGCACAUGUGUUCAUUAGCUGUGCUUGUAAGAGGUUGAGAAGUUCGUGCUUUGUAAUAUAAGGUACUAAAGUGAAGUUCUUUGUUUGGAAUUGUGUGCGUGUAUUUUCUUUUAUAAUGUUAAAAAGUAAGUGAAAAUGUGUUAUUUUGUUGGUUUGUUUGUAAAAGAAGAUUGCCAUAAAACACAUUAUCAUUUAUCAUCCAUAUAUGUACUUAAGAUAUUCUUCAAGUUAGUGAUCUACUUCAAAUUGAGAAGACACUGAUAAAGUCAAGAGUUAAUCAAAGUAUCAUUUCGUUUGUCAAUACCACAGAAAUAAGUAUAUAGAAAAUACUGUCACAUUUUUGGAAAAGCCUGUAGUAAUCCACUUCAGAGCCAUGAACAGAUGGUGAAUAAAAGUUUAAGAGAAAUUAAACUUGAAUGUCUAGAGGAGCCCAAACAAUCUACAGUUGAUUUGAUGCCAGGAAAAUCACUUUGUUCAUGUUACAACAAAGUAUUUAGCUUUGAAGAAAAUCCCUCAACAAGUGGCAAUGACUUUGUUGCGAACUUAAAAAAGUAACUUUAAAUGAAAUAAACCAUAUUUGUUACAAAUUUGAUAUUUUCCCAGCCACAAAAAUGAUCAAGCUAAUUAAGCCCCAGCGGGUCCCCGCUUUCCAAAGAUAAGAAGUGAAAAUUGCUGAUGCUGUAAAAAGAAUACACACACAGAAAUUGCUUGAAUAAAAAUAAAAUAUGUCAGCAACAAGGUAUUUUAUUUUUGGUUGACUUCAUAUGUAUUGACCCUAGUAGAUGUUACUUUUGUCAUUUUUGAGCUUUAGUUCUUGCCCAAACCACUUUCCACCCUUUCUCCCACCUUGUAAAGCUGUUGUAAUUUUUUUUUUUAGAAUAGAAAUUGAGAUUCAGAAUGUUUUUGAUUUUUAAAAUAUGUUAUUUAAAGCAGCUUUGCUUGGAUAUUGCCAGUUAUAUUUUUUAAUUAAUGAUAAUUUUUGAAAAUGUAUGCUUUUACUUAUGGGGAAAUACUAUAAAUUCGUUUAAAGAAUUUGAUUAGUUUUUAACACAAUAUGUAACUUAAUUGGAUGUGGAAGGAAUAAUAGUUUAAUUUUAUAAUUUUAAAGUUUUUCUGUUUAAUAUAGUUCUUUAAAUAUCAUUUGUGUGUUAUGGAUUGUGUUGAUACUGUCUUGUACUUUUAAAGAAAAAAAUAAUUAAAAGCAUUGUAACUAUUCAAAAUAAUUAUUGUGAUAUCACAGUUUUUUAUAAAUAAAUUUUGAUGUAAACUGCU